AUGGAUACUGUAUCAGACUCGAUGCUUGCGAGGGGACUGAUGUUCAUAGGUGGCUUCACAGUGCUGUAUUACAUGCUGAAAUGGUCCUGGGAAUGCUGGUAUGGAUUCAGAGUGUAUGUGCUGUCAAAAGUUUGGCAAGCUGAUUUAAAGGCAUAUGGACAAUGGGCAGGUAAGGUAGGCUACAUGCUAUGUAAAGCAUACUAUUUUUAUCUGGUGAUCAUGCAUUACAGUAGGCUAAUAUUUGUUUAUUUAUGAAAAUAAAGGCAUUCUCUUUUUAGUCAUAGUGAUGGCUAUGUUACAUGAUUCUUUAGACUUUCUCUACAAGAUUAAUAAUACAGUAGACUGAGUGUAUCAUGUUUCCCCUGGGCAGGUCACAUUCCACUUUACAGCUCACCGUUUCGCCCUGUACCCAAGAUUAUAUCUGCUGUUAGGUGGAACGGGAUUUGUGUGGUCACUGGUCCAAUUCAGUCUCAUUGGAAACUUAACUUUCCUGUUGGUUAUUGCAGCACAUCUGUUUAUGCUAUUUUACGCUUUUGGCAGCAGUUGGAGAAAAGUUGUUGCCAGUGCUUGACAAUGGUCACUAUAAAACAAUUGUACAAGUAUCUGAUGACAAACAGUAGUAUGCUUCCACCGAGCAGACCAGGACAGCAGCAUUUCUGCCAGUAUUGUGAAAGAAAGGAAGAGAGAGAUAUCUUUAAAUGUUCCUCCAUCCUGCAGUCACAUCCAGUGUCCGACCUGACCUCUCUCAGAGACCUCUCACUGCAGAGGAUGAGGAGAUACAACAAUAGUAGUAAAUAUGUCAUUAUGGAAGUCUGCGGUCUAACUAAUUCUGACCAUGAUCUCCUUUCUACAGUUGUCACAGGGGCUACCUCAGGGAUUGGCAAAGCUUACGCAAAUGAGGUCAGUCUUUACUGAUUGUUUUUUUGUUACAUGGCCUCUGUGUCCCCUUACCCCAUUGCUGUGUACAGAUGAGAUUGAAGCAUGCAUAAGCAUGUAAUUCAAGUACUUUGUAAAAUGAGUGUUUACUCACGUAACAGUUGCCUUUCUUCCUGGACACUACAGUUGGCCAGAAGAGGCCUGGACAUUGUACUGAUCAGCCGGUCAAAAGAUAAACUCCACAUUGUUGCCAAGGAGAUUGGUGAGUGAAGCGCUGAGAUGGAAAAAUAGAACUAAAUGAAGAGUUGAGGUACAAAAGAUCAAUAUGCAAAUGUAUAUUUAUCCUUAAAAUACAACUAUACGUCAAUAUGUUUGUUCCAGAGAGCCAACAUGGACGCCAGACCCAGAUCAUCCAGACAGACUUCACAGAGGGCCAUGACAUCUACCCUGCUAUAGUUGAGGCACUACGGGACCUGGACAUAGGCAUCCUGGGUAGGGCACCUAUGGCAAUGAUAUACAGUUGAAGUCGGAAGUUUACAUACACCUUAGCCAAAUACAUUUAAACUCAGUUUUUCACAAGCCCUGACAUUUAAUCCUAGUAAACAUUCCCUGUCUUAGGUCAGUUAAGAUCAACACUUUAUUUUAAGAAUGUGAAAUGUCAGAAUAAUAGUAGAGAGAAUGACUUCUUUCAGCUUUUAUUUCUUUCAUCACAUUCCCAGUGGGUCAGAAGUUACAUACACUCAAUUAGUAUUUGGUAGCAUUGCCUUUAAAUUGUUUAACUUGGGUCAAAUGUUUCGGGUAGCCUUCCACAAGCUUCCCACAAUAAGUUGGGUGAAUUUUGGCCCAUUCCUCCUGACAGAGCUUGUGUAACUGAGUCAGGUUUGUAGGCCUCCUUGCUCGCACACGCUUUUUCAGUUCUGCCCACAUAUUUUCUAUAGGUUUGAGGUCAGGGCUUUGUGAUGGCCACUCCAAUACCUUGACUUUGUUGUCCUUAAGCCAUUUUGCCACAACUUUGGAAGUAUGCUUGGGGUCAUUGUCCAUUUGGAAGACCCAUUUGCGAUCAAGCUUUAACUUCCUGACUGAUGUCUUGAGAUGUUGCUUCAAUAUAUCCACAUAAUUUUCCUUCCUUAUGAUGCCAUCUAUUUUGUGAAGUGCACCAAUCCCUCCUGCAGCAAAGCGCCCCCACAGCAUGAUGCUGCCACCCCCGUGCUUCACGGUUUUCCUCCAAACAUAACGAUGGUCAUUUUGUCCGAACAGUUCUAUUUUUGUUUCAUCAGACCAGAGGACAUUUCUCCAAAAAGUACGAUCUUUGUCCCUAUGUGCAGUUGCAAACCGUAGUCUGGCUUUUUUAUGGCGGUUUUGGAGCAGUGGCUUCUUCCUUGCUGAGCGGCCUUUCAGGUUAUGUUGAUAUAGGACUCGUUUUACUGUGGAUAUAGAUACUUUUGUACCUGUUUCCCCCAGCAUCUUCACAAGGUCCUUUGCUGUUGUUCUGGGAUUGAUUUGCACUUUUCGCACCAAAGUACAUUCAUCUCUAGGAGACAGAAUGCAUCUCCUUCCUGAGCGGUAUGACGGCUGCGUGGUCCCAUGGUGUUUAUACUUGCGUACUAUUGUUUACAUUUACAUUUUAGUCAUUUAGCAGACGCUCUUAUCCAGAGCGACUUACAGUUUUUUUUUUUAUACUGGCCCCCCGUGGGAAUCGAACCCACAACCCUGGCGUUGCAAACGCCAUGCUCUAUCAACUGAGCUACAUCCCUGCCGGCCAUUCCCUCCCCUACCCUGGACGACGCUGGGCCAAUUGUGCACCGCCAAUGAGUCUCCCGGUCGCGGCCGGCUGCGACAGAGCCUGGAUUCGAACCAGGAUCACUCAGAUGAACGUGAUACCUUCAGGCGUUUGGAAAUUGCUCCGAAGGAUGAACCAGACUUGUGGAGGUCUACAAUUUUUUUUCUGAGGUCUUGGCUGAUUUCUUUGGAUUUUCCCAUGAUAUCAAGCAAAGAGGCACUGAGUUUGAAGGUAGGCCUUGAAAUACAUCCACAGGUACACCUCCAAUUGACUCAAAUGAUAUCAAUUAGCCUAUCAGAAGCUUCUAAAGCCAUGACAUCAUUUUCUGGAAUUUUCCAAGCUGUUUAAAGGCACAGUCAACUUAGUGUAUGUAAACUUCUGACCCACUGGAAUUGUGAAACAGUGAAUUAUAAGUGAAAUAAGCUGUCUGUAAAGAAUUGUUGGAAAAAUUACUUGUGUCAUGCACAAAGUAGAUGUCCUAACCGAUUUGCCAAAACUAUAGUUUGUUAACAAGAAAUUUGUGGAGUGGUUGAAAAACGAGUUUUAAUGACUCCAACCUAAGUGUAUGUAAACUUCCGACUUCAACUGUAUAGCAGGAAGAGAACAAGGAGUCAAACAGGGGACGAGAAUUGGGAAAUGAGAAAGGAACUAAAGCUAGUCUGCAAUUAAAUGUGGGAUGGAGAGAAAGGUGUUGUAAGGAACGAGAGGGGUUGGAGAAUGUGCUCUUAUUACCACAAACAACAUACAGUGCCUUCAGAAAGUAUUCAUAACCCUUGACUUAUCCACAUUUUGUUGUGUUACAGCCUGAAUUCAAAAUUGAUGAAACAUAUAAAAAAUCUCACCCAUCGACACACAAUACCCCAUAAUGACAAAGUGAAAACAUGUUUUUAGAAAUGUUUGCAAAUGUAUUGAAAAUGAAAUACAGAAAUAUCUCAUUUACGGAAUUAUUCACACCCCUGAGUCAAUACAUGUUAGAAUCACCUUUGGCAGCAAUUACAACUGUUAGUUUUUCUGGGUAAGUCUUUAAGAGCUUUGAACACCUGGAUUGUACAAUAUUUGCACAUUAUUCUUUUACAAAUUCUUCAAUCUCUGUCAAGUUGAUUAUUGCUAGACAGCCAUUUUAAAGUCUUGCCGUAGAUUUUCAAGCCAAUUUAAGUCAAAACCGUAACUAGGCCACUCAUGAACAUUCAAUGUCGUCUUGGUAAGCAACUCCAGUGUAUAUUUGGCCUUGUUUGAGGUUAUUGUCCUGCUGAAAGGUGAAUUUGUCUCCCAGUGUCUGUUGGAAAGCAGACUGAACCAGUUUUUCCUCUAGUAUUUUUUCCUCUAUUCUGUUUAUUACUAUCCGAAAAAAACCUCCCUAGUCUUUGCCGAUGACAAGCAUACCCAAAACAUGAUGCAGCCAUCACCAUGCUUGAAAAUAUGAAGUGGUACUCAGUGAUGUGUUGUGUUGGAUUUUCCCCAAACAUAACGCUUUGUAUUCAGGACAUAAAGUUAAUUUCUUUGCCAAAUUUUUUGCAGUUUUGCCUUAACGCAAACAGGAUGCAUGCUUUGGAAUAUUUGUAUUCUGUACAGGCUUUCUUCUUUUCACUCUCAUUUAGGUUAGUAUUGUGGAAAAAAUACCAUGUUGUUGAUCCAUCCUCAGUUCUCUCCUAUCACAGCUCCUUAAACUCUGUAACUUGUUUUAAAGUCACCAUUGGCCUCAUGGUGAAAUCCCUGAGUGGUUUCCUUCCUCUCCGGCAACGGAGUUAGGAAGGACGCCUGUAGCUUUGUGGUGACUGGGUGUAUUGAUACACCAUCCAAAGUGUAAUUAAUAACUUCACCAUCCUCUAAGAGAUAUUCAAUGUUUGCUUUUUUUAUUACACCCAUCUACCAAUAGGUGCCCUUCUUUGCAAGUCAUUGGAAAACCUCCGUAGUCUUUGUGGUUGAAUCUGUGUUUGAAAUUCACUGCUCGACUGACGGACCUUACAGAUAAUUGUAUGUGUGGGGUACAGAGAUGAGGUAGUCAUUCAAAAAUCAUGUUAAACACCAUUAUUGAACACAGAGUGAGUCCGUGCAACUUAUUAUGUGACAUGUUAAGCACUUUUACUCCUGAACUUAUUUAGGCUUGCCAUAACAAAGGGGUUGAAUACUUAUUGACUCGAGACAUUUCUGAUUUUUAAUUAAUUUGUAAACAUUUCUAAAAACAUAAUUCCACUUUGAUAUUAUGGGGUAUUAUGUAUAGGCCAGUGAUACAAAAUCUCAAUUUAAAUUCAGGCUGUAACACAUUACAUUUUAGCAGACACUCUUAUCCAGAGCGACUUACAGAUAGUGAGUGAAUACAUUAUUUUUUUAUUUGUCAUACCCCCGUGGGAAUCAAACCCACAACCCUGGAGUUGCAAAUGCCAUGCUCUACCAACUGAGCUGCCGGCCAUUCCCUCCCCCAAUUGUGCGCCGCCCCAUGCGUCUCCCAGUCGCGGCCAGCUACGACAGAGCCUGGAUUCGAACCAGGAUCUCUAGUGGCACAGCUAGCACUGCGAUGCAGUGCCUUAGACCGCUGUGCCACUCGGGAGACAACAACAACAUGUGGAAAAAGUCUAGGGGUGUGAAUACUUUCUCAAGGCACUGUAGCUAUUCUCUCUUUCAAUGGAUGUUAGUAGUGAAAUGUAAUAAUAAAUUACAUAGAAAUAUAUUCUGACUAUCCUCAUUUACAGUUAACAAUGUAGGCAUGAACUAUUCUGACAAGUUGGUACAUUUCCUGGACAUUCCCAACCCUGAGCAGGUAAGAUUCACACACCCCCACUCACAUAAAUGGUCUAUGUAUAUAUAUCAUGUUUUGGAUGCCAUUUUGAUUCUAACAAGGUAAUAAUGUACUAUGGUUGGAUUUAAAGCUUGAGUUAAUGGUUGAGUUAAUUUGUGUUUUCAUUCCUCCCUAACCCAGAGAAUCACCCAGGUGAUCAACUGUAACAUCCUCUCUGUCACCCAGGUGAGAUUAUCUGUCAGGAUUUAUAUAGACUCCCUCUGUGAAGUUCUGUGCAUGAUACAUGUCUUAGUUUAUGUUUCUAAACUAGUGUAUGGCUCAUACAAAGUCAUAGCUUUUAAUAUUUGGUCAUCAUUAUGUGAAAGAAUAAUGGUAGCGUUUAGGAGGUUAAUGUUGGUGUUGUUGAACAUGAUGAUCAUGAUGAUGAUGGUGAUGGGGGUGAAAGAGGAUUCUGGUGAUUAUGGAGAUGGUGGUGAUGGUACUGAUGGUGUUAUCAUUCCUUGGAAUUUCCUCAGAUGACCAGACUGGUUCUCCCACGCAUGGUGGAAAGGUACAUAUGCAUCAUGAUGAUAUCAAUGAAACGUGAAUCUUAAUGAUUUCUAUCUAUGAAAUUGUCCCUUUAUUUACCUGUCCUGUCUUUCUCAGAGGGAACGGUCUGAUCAUCAACAUGUCUUCAGAGGCAGGUGCUCAACCACAACCCAUGCUGUCUCUCUACUCCGCCACCAAGGUGCCUCUCCCUUUCACUUAAGUUUAUCUCACUCAAGCAUGCACAAUGAAUCACACACAUACACAACCAUGCUCAACCUCUUGUACAUUCACUGAACAAAAAUAUAAACGCAACAUGCAACCAUUUCAACGAUUUUACUGAGUUACAGUUCAUAUAAGGAAAUCAGUAAAUUGAAAUAAAUUAAUUAGGCCCUAAUCUAUGGAUUUCACAUGACUGGGCAGGGAUGCAGCCAUGGGUGGGCCUGGGAGGGCGUAGGCCUAUCCACUGGGGAGCCAGGCCCACUCACUAGGGAGCCUGGCCCAGCCAAUCAGAAUGAGUUUUUCCCAACAAAAGGACUUUAUUACAGACAGAAAUACACCUUAGCACCCCCUCCCCCCUCAGACGAUCCUGCAAAUGAAGAAGCCGGAUGUGGAGGUCCUGGACUGGCGUGGUUACACGUGGUCUGCGGUUGUGAGGCCGGUUGGAUGUACUGGUAGAGAAAUUAACAUUCAAUUCUCUGGUAACAGCUCUGGUGGACAUUCCUGCAGUCAGCAUGCCAAUUGCACACUCCCUCAAAACUUGAGACAUCUGUGGCAUUGUGUUGUGUGACAAAACCGCACAUUUUAGUGGCCUUUUAUUGUCCCCAGCACAAGGUGCACUUGUGUAAUGAUCAUGCUGUUUAAUUAGCUUCUUGACAUGCCACACCUGUCAGGUGGAUGGAUUAUCUUGAAAAAUGAGAAAUGCUCACUAACAGGGAUGUAAACAAAUGUGUGCACAAAAGUUGAGAGAAAUAAGCUUUUUGUGCGUUUGGAAAAUUGUGAUAUUUUAUUUCAGCUCAUGAAACAUGGGACCAACACUUUACAAGUUGUGUUUAUAUUUUUGUUCAGUGUAUUUAUAUGCCAUUCAGCAGACGCUUUUAUCCAAAGCGACUUAGUCAUGCAUGCAUACAUUUUACAUACGGAUGGUCCGGGAAUCAAACCCACUAUCCUGGCGUUGCAAGCGACAUGCUCUAUAACAGCUACAGAGGAUCAAUGUUAUCCAUUCUUUUCUUGGCAGAUUUUUGUGACAUAUUUUUCCAGAUCUCUGAAUUCUGAGUACAAGUCACAGGGAAUCACAGUUCAGGUAAAAUACUUGUAAGAAUUUUGUAUCACUACCCAUGCACUCCUGUUUCAGUAUCCUUCAGCAUUUUGUGUUUCCUCCUAUCUCUUACGCUUUCUUAAUUUCCUCUCCUUUAGUGUGUGGCUCCCUUUAUGGUAUCCACUAACAUGACCCACAACUUGCCCCCCAACCUGUUGUUGAAGAGUGCCAGUGAUUUUGCCCGUGAAGCUCUGAACACAGUGGGUCACUCUAGCUACACCAGUGGCUGUGUCUCUCACGCUCUUCAAGUAGGAACUCCUCUUAUCCACUCAUAUAUUCCAAACAAACUACUCUAUAAUGCUUUUGUUACCUUAGCCAAAAAGGAGCCAUGCAGAAUUUACAGUAUAUACCAUUAGACUAUUUUGUGUGAUUGUAAAUAUCUCGGUCUCUCUUUGCCGUCCCACAGCACAUUGCGCUGUCCAUUUUCUUCCCUGAUUGGCUGCGCCUUUCAUCCUACUGUGUGAAGCAGACAGAGAAAUUUGCACACAGCAUGCAGAAAAAAAUUGAUGAAAUGACAGAACAUUCUGCAAGCAAAGAGGACUAAGGAGUGCGAAGGAGGUUGCUACUGAAAUGUUUGUGGUGCUUUAAAGAGGUCAAAUUGGAAAUUGAUAUGAUAUUUUUUAUUCCAUGUUGAUAACUUACAUGAUCAAUGUUACUGUAUUUGUAUUGACUGCCAUUGAAAUGUAUUGGUAAUAGGACAGAGAUUGUGUAAUGUUGAUGUUGUUGUGAUGUAAACAAGCUGACCCCAAAUCCACCAUGACCUAUAUAGCCUGAGUGCAGCAGAGAAUGAUCUGUGGGAGAUGGAACUCUCAAACUGGCUUCUAUAGUAUAUAUUCUAGCUAUAUACUGGAGUAAUAUACCUAUUAUGGAUAUAGACGACAACAUUAUAACUGGACGCUUGAACAUGUGCAUGUUAUGGUUGAUUUGGACUUUUAAUAUAGUACAAUUUUUGGUAUCAACCGUCGCAUGUCAUUUUUGUGAUUUAGAUUUUCUUAAAAAUAAAUAUAAAGACAAAAAUACUUUAUUUUAUUGCCUUUUGCCAACCCAUUCACAAAUUACUGUCAAAUAUUUGUUACUGAGUAACAUAUGUGUAGAGGAAACAGUAUGCUAUAAAAUACCAUGUUUUAUGUAAUUACUUUGGUUUUUGACAUUUUCUAUUGAGUUAUUUGCUUGAACAGUCCUGAUUAACUCACAAGCAGGCUGUCUGGCACUCACUGAUCAGUCCACAGACUCUAGACAACAGUCUGUGUGGCACAACCUGAGAACAGUACAUGGAUUCUGAGCAGAGUCAGAAAUAUACAGUAACUUCAUAGUUUCCUCUUUAUAAUCCUAUUUCUGCUUAAGCACAAACAUCAUGAACCACAAGUUUUGUGAAAUGUAUAAGCUUUCACAUAGCACCAAGGACAUACCUCUAAAUUAGUAAAUAGCUUUCAUGAAUAUCAAACUCCUUGCAGUAACAUUCUGUUUC